UUUGAGAGUCCGACUCGGUUUCUUCACUUGCUUGUUUAAAAUAAUUUAAUUUCAUAUUCAUAACCAUAAUAUUAUUUGUGCGAUCAUAUUUAAUUCAUACAAUAUUAAUGUUAGAAAGUUUGCUAUAAGUAUUUAAUUUAAUGAUAAACUAAAUCAGUCAUUUAGUUAUCUUAGACUUUAGUACAAUAUAAUCACUAUUCCAAACAACACAGAGUGGAUGUGUUAGGAUUUUACAAUGUCUUCAGAUAGUUAUGGAGUAUUGAAUGAUUUAGCGCCAGUUUUUCGUCCUUACAUUCAAAAUGUUUAUCAAGAUUUGCAACUUGGCUUAUGCAAGACUAGAGUUGACUUCGAAAGAGUAUCGGGGCGUUCGGAAGGUGGUGAUUGUCAGAUCAGAAUAGUAUUACCCUACUGCUCAAAAAAGCUAAAAUGGGAGAUUAUAUUUGACAGUUCAGCUCCAUGGUUCGCGCCAGAUUUUAGAUUUGAUGACGAAAGUUUUCUUAUGAAUGUUGAUGAAAUAUUUCUAGAAGAAAAAGUACCUUCUCUAUCCAAAUGGAAUGAAAAUGAUCCAAAAGCACUAAGUGAUGUCAUUUCUGAACUCAUUAGUUUAUAUAAACUUCAUCAAAUAAAGAAGCUAAAUGAAGAUGACAGUUCUAGGGCAUACUUUGAAUACAGUGCCCUACUUGGAGAUGCACUUACAUCUGAGAAUGAUAUUGAAGUGUGGGUUGGUGGCCAUGUUGUGGAAUUUCUGAUCAGAUUGAAUGUUGACACUUCCAGAUUGCCAGAAGUAUACAGUGAUGGAACAGAAAAGAAUCCUGGCAUUGACACAGCAUUAUUGUUAGUAAGAUAUCCAAACUCAACAAAUGCUGAAUUGAUACUCUCACCCACUCUUACUAAGUCACUUGGGAACAUAACAUUACCCACGUAAGUAGGCAUGAAAUAUGGUACUGUCUCUGUGUGACUAUAUUUCAUGAAAAAUUAGUAUUUGUCUAAAUGACAUAUAGACCAUUCUUCGUAGAUUUUUAUAAUUUAACACUUUAACCUCCGUGUAGGUCACUGGUGACCUACAUUAGCGGAGGAUUUUCC